GAAAAUUACGGAGAAAACAUCAGAAAAGAUGUCAGAGAAUACCCCGGAAAAAAGCCCGACGAAAGCGGAACCUAAAUAUCCGAAGACUUCAACGGUCAAUCGCUUAUCCGAUCGGACAUUUGAUCGAUUCUUUUGAGGGCACCGACAAUGGCUACUUGAACCACUAUAACCCGUGUGGAGAUAUCUACCGGUCUGGCGAAGCUUUUGAGCCACGAAGAGCUGCACGAGAACUUCCGAAAAUUCCUUAUCGAAUGCGUCAAGGAGCUCUCAGAAACAGGUAUGAAUCAUUCAACUCCCAUGACCACACUGUAGACAGUUCUAACGAUAAGGGCUUGCGAAGGCUCAAAUUCUUCACUCAACUUAGAGAUUUCGAAGAUCUCCUUGGAGCGGAAACUGUUCCGGCAGAAAUCCAGGCGAUUCGAAAACUAAUUAGCCAAAGUAGUCCUCCAGAAGGUACCUUGGAUUUCAAAAACGCAUUGAAUGAGUACCUCAGCACCGAUAAAAACAAUACCGUAGGAAGUUCGGAUCCCUCCGUGGCAAUACCGGACACCGUCAUAUCAAUUGAUACCACUACCACUACCGCUACUACUAGUACUACCACUUCCAGCCCCACUGAUGAUGCUGACAUCUCCGAACCACUUGACAAACCAGACACUCCUCCCGCAAGCCAAGUUUCACCAGGAACCGUCAUCAACUACAACUUCUUCCAAAUUGGAUGCGGUCGAGACAACAAUUUGAAGAGAAAUGCUCAACAAACCUGCUUGGAAGCUCUGAGUCAAAUACCGCACAGAAUUGAUAAGCGUAAAGGAGCACCUGAUCUAGAACUAUUCAUGGAUGGCACCAGUAUGGAGUCACCUGUCAUUUACAACGAAGACUUCAUCACUAUCCCAACUCGCAAGAUGUUCAAACCCAGGCAAGUGGCAAAGCCAGCGGACGAAAACUCAAACAGUGGAAGACUCAGCAAAGUCUUGCUUCAGAAGAGCUAGA